AUGAAAAAUAUGAAUGAAGAUGAAAUUGAGGAUUAAAACUCUUUGGAUGUUAGUGGAUAAAAUAGAGAUUAACUUUAAAAUGUCAAUUAAAUGCAAUAUUAAAAUAACAUGUAGAAUAUUUAGGAUAAUUAUUAAUCAGAGCAACAAAAUGCAGAUAUUGAUAAAAGGAAGAUGUUUAUUUAAUAGCAAGUUCAAAUGAGAAAUAAACCAGCAAUAAACCAAAUAGAAAUGGAGAUUAAUUAAUUAACUGAAUAAAUUAAAUAGAAUUCUAGCGAUAAAGAAAAAAUUGUGGAUUUCAGAAUAAAGCAACUAUCUUUAACAAAAAUUUUAGUUAUGAUUUAUGAUAAACCUGAGGAAUCUAUAGUGAAGGCAAACUACAAUUUAGGGGUUGCAUAUUUGGAUUUUAAGUCCUACCAAUCUGCUCUUUAUCAUUUGACUCUAGCUUAAUGUCAUUAAAAUAAACUUGAUAUUACACUUGGUCAAACUGAAAAAUCAAAAAAAAUGAUGGCAAACAUUUUAACUUAAUUAGCAAAGUGCUUUUUAGAAAUUGAUAACUUCGAAGAUUGCCUUGAUUAAGUUGAGUAAGCUCUUUAAUAUUUUAAUGUAGAUAGCUUGGAUAGUGUUCAAACCUUAUACUGCAAAUAUAAGUGCUACUUGAAAAAGAAAAAUUAUACGGAAGCCUAGAAAAUUAUAGAUGACAUAUAUUAAAUAUAGAUAAAAAACUAAACCAAAUUAGAUGAGAAAGCAGAAUAGAUUGCUAUAGCUAUGACUAAUGUCGAAAAAGCUAAAAUAUGGUCUUUAUAAGACGACUAUCAAAAUGCUAUAGAUGAUUAGACAAGAGCUAUUUAGGCUCUUAUUGAUUAAGAAUAUGAUGAUCCAGAUUAUGUAGCUGGAUUGCUUUUAACUCUGAGCAAAUAUUAGUAAAAAGCUAGCAAAAUUGAUGAUCAAAUAGAUUCACUUUAGAAAGUUAAAUGCAUAUAUAUUUAAGUCUAUGGAUUCAAGGAUAAACGACUCAUCAAAGUAAUGAGACAGCUUUCAAUGAUUUUACUUUAGAAUAAUUAUUAUGAAGAAACUAUUAAUGAACUCAAAGAAAUUAAAAAAGCUGAGUGUGCAGCAUUUGGUGAGAAGUCGACAGAAGUAGCCAAAACCUUAAGAAUUAUUGGAACUGUUUAAAUAUUAUAAAAUCGCCAGGAAAAAGAAUUUAAAGACGAAAUCAAAAGAAACUUCAAAGAAGCUAAAGAAAUAUUUGAAAACAAUAGGCUAAAAGAUUUGGCUUAUGAAAUGGAGCAAAAAAUUAAAAUGGUUGACGAUGGUGAAACAAUUAAGAAAAAAUAAUCAUAAAAUAUUCUAAAAUAAAAUAUAAUUGAAAAUCAAUGA